UUGAAUUCUUCCGCUUUCGACCAUUCGGUGCAAUCGACCGGUCUUUGUAUUCCCUGAGUAAUAACAGCAAUUUAAAAAUUUUGUUGGAUCUCACUAAUUAAUGAAUUCCUCAUUUUUUUGAAGCUCUUCUUGAGGGAUAUUUUUUUUUCUGGAAUUCAUCAGCAAAGGGAAGUUGUGGUUAAUUGUGACUGGUUUUUUGAAUAAAAACUUCAAAGAGAAUUUUGAUAUACCUUAAAGAUGGAAAACGAUGCUAACGAUGCCAAGACUAAUUUAAUCGUCAAUUACCUACCUCAGAUGCUAUCUGAUAAUGAAUUCAAGAAUUUAUUCCAGAGCAUUGGUCCACUUAAAGCAGCAAAAAUAGUGCGCCACAAAGCUACAGGAUAUAGUUAUGGAUUUGGGUUUGUAGAGUAUACACAAGAGGAUGAUGCAGCAAGAGCAAUUGAGACAUUGAAUGGUUUUCAGUUGCAGAACAAAAGAAUUAAAGUUGCUUAUUCUCGUCCAGGUGGAGAUAAUAUUAAAAAUGCCAACUUAUAUUUGCGAGGAAUUCCCAAAAAUAUGACCGAAGAUCAAUUGGAGUCGAUUAUGGCUGAAUUUGGGGAAAUUAUUCAAGUCCGUUUAUUAAAAGAUGCAACUGGUAAUAAGAAUAAAGGGGUUGGCUUUGUUUUGUUUGAUCAAAGGAAGCAAGCAGAGGAUGCUAUUAAGAAACUGAAUGGUCAAAUUUUGGAAGGUGGAUCUGAGCCUUUGAUGAUUAAAUAUGCAGAAGAUAAUGCUAAAAAAGUCCGUGCACCAAUGACAGCAAAUCCUUUAGCAACACCCUAUGUUGAUCCAUUUGCAGCACCAAUGGGUAGUAGAUUUGGUGGUGGUGGACCAGUAAGGCAUUCUGUUCAGGGAAGAUUCCGUUACAAUCCAAUGACGAAUAUGGGAGCAUCUUACGGGUAUUCAGCACCAUCAGGACUAAGUGUUGGAAAUGAAGGUCAUAUUCUUUUUGUUUAUAAUAUUGGUCCAGAUACAGAUGAAAAAACCUUAUGGCAGCUGUUUGCCAGAUAUGGCACAGUACAAAAAGUCAAUGUGAUUCGAGAAGGUGCAACCGGUGCAGGAAAAGGAUAUGGGUUUGUCACAAUGCCUAAUUAUGAUGAAGCUGUUUUAGCCAUUGAGUCACUGAAUGGUGUUGCAUUUUUUGGCAAGCCUUUACAGGUGUCUUUUAAAUCUUCAAAAUAAUUCCAUUUCAAUUCCAUUGUACUUCAAUUUUUGUUAACCAUCAAAAUACAACCUUGUAUCAUUUCUUUGUUAUGUAAAAAGAAAAAAAAAAAAUCAUCUUGUUCAUGGUGACUAACUGAUAAUUUUCAGGAUAAAAGUUGUUUUCCAAUUGGUAAAUAAAAUUUUAAUGCCA